GCAAUAUUUUUUAUGCUCAAGAAUAUUUGUGUCGACGUUUUAAAUUGUUUUAAAGCUUUACAGUUUUUGUCACCCAGUGUUUACAGGGAAUAAUAUAAAUAGGGUUAGAUUUGGUUUAGGUUUUGUGCAGGGCUGUAAAUACUCAUUUUGCAUUAAUGUUGAAGGUGGUCAGGAUGGAAAACAUGGUGCUGUGGUCGAGGUUAAUAUACACACGUAAAUCUCUAUGGACAUGUUUAUCUCAUGCACGGUUCUUUGGAAAUGGGACAAAGGCUUUAUGGCAGAAGAGUCCUUCAGCUCCUCAGGCAGGAUUCUUCCCUCCAUCUGAAGGAGUGAUGCUUCCAGCUGGGACUUUUCAAAACAAGGUGGCCUUCAUCACAGGAGGAGGUACAGGUCUGGGGAAAGGCAUGACCACUGCUCUGUCUGCCCUCGGGGCACAGUGUGUCAUCGCCAGCAGAAAACUAGAUGUUCUACAACAAACUGCUGAGGAAAUCUCACAACAGACUGGGAAUAAAGUUCGUGCUGUGCAGUGUAAUGUGAGGGACCCAGACUCUGUACAGGCUGCUGUAGACCAGCUGGUUGCUGAUGUUGGGCUUCCUGAUGUGGUGAUCAACAACGCUGCAGGAAAUUUCAUUUCUCCUUCUGAAAAGCUCUCGCCCAAUGCAUGGAAAACCAUAACGGACAUAGUUCUGAACGGCACAGCCUAUGUCACACUGGACAUUGGGAAACGUCUAAUCAAAGCCGAGAAAGGUGCUGCUUUUCUGGCCAUCACCACCAUCUAUGCUGAGAGUGGAUCUGGAUUUGUUGUGCCCAGUGCAUCUGCUAAAGCAGGAGUGGAAGCACUGUGCAAGUCUCUGGCAGCAGAGUGGGGAAGAUAUGGCAUGAGGUUCAACGUUAUUCAGCCAGGCCCAAUCAAAACCAAGGGUGCUUUCAGCCGCUUGGACCCCGCAGGCAUGUUUGAGAACUUGAUGAUCAAGAGGAUACCAGUGGGUCGGCUUGGUACUCCAGGGGAGAUUGCCAAUCUUGCUGCCUACCUCUGCAGCGACUAUGCCAGCUGGGUGUCGGGUGCGAUCAUUAGAAUGGAUGGUGGUGAAUAUGUGUCUAUGGCUGGGGAAUUCAAUUCACUGAGCAAAGUCACACAAGAGCAGUGGGCUAUGAUGGAGGCUAUGAUCAGAAACACAAAGGGCUCUUGAGGACUGUUGGCAAAUGAUCCACUUUAUUUUACACCACUGGGAUUCAUAUAAUCCAUCAAGAUGGUCAGCAAAUUCUUAAACUUAGGAUUCUCACAUGAUACUAAAGCUAUAAUAGGGUCAAUAGAAAAAUACACCACUGCUGUUUAUGAAUAAACUAUGAUUGAAAUAAAGAAA